AGAGUCCAGUAGGCGGCGGUAAUGCACCUUUGAAGUUGGUUGCCAGGAGCCAAUAAACAUAAUAGAAGAAGAAGUCCUCAUUGGCGUCGCCCUGUGCUGAAAGGUGUGCUUCAUGGCGGUGGCUGUUUCUGCGGGAGGCGAGGCUCUGAUGAUGGAGAAUGGACAGAGCACCGCCUCAAAGCUCGGCCUGCCGCCUCUCACCCCUGAGCAGCAGGAGGCACUGCAGAAGGCGAAGAAGUAUGCCAUGGAGCAGAGCAUUAAGAGUGUGCUGGUCAAACAGACCCUGGCCCAUCAACAACAGCAGCUCACCAACUUACAGAUGGCAUCGCUGACAAUGGGCUUUGGAGAUCCCCUCUCACCUUUACAAUCGGUAGCGGCUCAGAGACAGCGAGCAUUAGCCAUCAUGUGCCGAGUGUACGUGGGCUCCAUUUACUACGAGCUGGGAGAGGACACGGUCCGGCAGGCCUUUGCCCCGUUCGGCCCCAUCAAGAGCAUCGACAUGUCCUGGGACUCUGUUACAAUGAAACACAAGGGUUUUGCGUUUGUGGAGUAUGAGGUGCCUGAGGCAGCCCAGCUAUCCCUUGAGCAGAUGAACUCUGUUAUGCUGGGAGGGAGAAACAUUAAGGUGGGACGACCGAGCAACAUCGGACAGGCCCAGCCGAUCAUUGACCAGCUGGCAGAAGAGGCGCGCGCCUUCAACCGAAUCUACGUGGCAUCUGUGCACCCCGACCUCUCGGACGAGGACAUCAAGAGUGUGUUUGAGGCGUUCGGCCGGAUCAAGUCAUGCACUCUAGCGAGAGACCCCACCACGGGGAAACACAAGAGCUACGGCUUUAUUGAGUACGACAAGGCUCAGUCCUCCCAGGAUGCAGUUUCCUCCAUGAAUCUCUUUGACCUAGGGGGUCAAUACCUGCGUGUGGGCAAAGCGGUCACCCCCCCCAUGCCCCUGCUCACUCCAACCACACCUGGCGGACUCCCCCCUGCUGCAGCUGUGGCGGCUGCAGCUGCCACAGCCAAAAUCACUGCCCAGGAGACGGUUGGGUCAUCGGUGCUGGGAGCGCUGGCUGGGCCCGCCCUCCUCUCUCAACAGUUGGGUGGCCUGCCCCAAGCUGUCAUGGCAGCCCAGGCCCCGGGGGUCAUCACAGGGGUAACCCCAGUGCGGCCCGCUUUGCCUGUGCUACCUCAGGUGGGCCUGGUCAACCCAGUGCUGGCCUUACCACCGGUGCUGGUCACCUCUCUGGUGGCGGCCCAGGAGGCCAAGAAGAAGGAAGUGGAGGAGGAGGAGGAGGCCUUGCAGGACGGGACGGGCCAGGAGCCGCUGAGUGAGCAGGAGCACAUGAGCAUCUCCGGGAGCAGUGCCAGACAUAUGGUCAUGCAGAAGUUGCUCCGCAAACAAGAGUCGACGGUGAUGGUGCUGCGGAACAUGGUAGGACCAGAAGACAUCGACGAUGACCUGGAGGGUGAGGUGACUGAGGAGUGCGGCAAGUUUGGCGCGGUCAACCGUGUCAUCAUCUACCAGGAAAAGCAGGGCGAGGAGGAUGAUGCGGAGGUAAUUGUCAAGAUCUUUGUGGAGUUCUCCAUGGCGGCAGAGAUGAACAAGGCCAUCCAGGCACUCAAUAAUCGCUGGUUUGGAGGUCGCAAGGUCAUUGCCGAGGUGUACGACCAGGAGCGCUUUGACAACAGCGACUUAUCUGCAUAAGACAUUCUGACCUUUCUGAAAGAUCUCUACUACUACGACCACAACCUCUGGUGUUUCUCUCUCCCUCACACACAUACACACACACUUACACAGACAAGGCUGCCACGCACCACUGUAGGUGAUGCUGGCCUCUUUUUAACCAUUUCUUUUUUUUUUUUUUAUCAGUGUUGAUAUUAAUAUUAUUAAUGCUCCUGUUUGGGGACACCGACAAAGCAAGGAGACGCUCAUGGAUUUUUUUUAAUUAUUAUUGUGGCCUACUGUGAAGGGCUGGAUAUUUGUUUUUGUAUUGUUUUCAGUUUCAUUUCCCUGAUUUUAGUUUUAUUUCGGUUACACCUUUUUUGAUUCAGUCAAUUCUACAAAGGUCCUCUUGUUAUAUAGCUCUUGGUAUUAAUUGCCCAAAACAAUAAAUUCCUCAUGAAUAAA